GCACUCCGGCCACAGCAACAGGAAGACUACGGAGCUCUGGGAGACAUUUUAAGGAGGACAGAUACAGCCUUAGGCUAUACCACACCUGUAGGCCAGUCAGCCCAGCCCAGGCCCAUGGCACAGAGAAGUGAAACCUGUGUUCUCAUUGAACAUGAGUGAAGCUCCUGAGAUUGGGAAGGAGAGAGGAGCAGAGCAGAGAGGGCCUUGGGGCUCCAACUGGGAGUAUGAAGACUGCAGGAGCCUCCGGAAAAGGAGCCUUGCUGAGCCAAGCGGGCUCCAUGCAGAAAAUGACUUGGACUCUACCUGCCCAGCCAGGGCGCGGAAUCGGCCCUACAGAAAAAGAGAUUGUGGGUAUUGGGAUUUUGAGCAGAGUGAACCAAACUAUAUGGACUCUGGGGAAACAAAUGGAAGAGGAAGGGAUGGUCUCUUCCCAGAGGACUAUGCUGGUUACAAGAAUAGAGAAGACAUAGACCGAGUGCAUGUCAGGCCUGGGACAGAGGAGCGUUUGCUUCUGGGAAGCCCGCCUGGGAUCCUGGAAGCUGCAGAAUGCCGGACGGUGAAUGGCUGUAUAGAGUGUAAGGAACUGGCUUAUAAUCCUGAGGACACGCAAAAAGCCAAGCACAGGAACGGCUACAGGGACUUGGGUGACUCUCUGAGGAACUUCCACCAACCUCACAACUGGUACUGGGGCCUGGGGAAUGGUAAAGGAAUUAGCUUAGACUGUGGAGAUCACCGCGCUUCACGUCAUGUUCCUGGGCCUUAUCCCAACGGGGAGUCUGUGGAGCCUCCAGACUGGAAUGGGAUCAGCGAAGGUGAAGAGUUUGUUAGAUACUGUGAAGACGGUGGGAAGGUUUGCCAGAGCAGCGCGACCUACCCCAGAGCAAAGACUUGUCCCAGGGAUCUAGCUAAUUUUGAUACAGAAAAUAAAAGCGCUGAUACUUUCUCUCCAAACCCUGAGCCUCAUGAUUAUAGACAAGUCGAUUCUCUGCACCCAGGGGAGGAUUUGCCGUAUUGUGACAGUGACAGACUGGGAAUGAGGGCACCUGGUGGCCGAGGAGCCAUCUCUGACCGUGUGCAGCAGCAGCCUGGGGGGGAGCAAGGAGAACCUCACUUUGGGGUUCCUGGGAGCCCCGUGUUAGAAAGCACCCGGCACUUAGAGGAGGCGAGAAGGCUGGCUGAUUCCGAUACCUGGAGACGGAACAGCCACUUCCGCCGCACGGCUCCCAGCACUCUGAGACGCUCAGAGUUCGUGCAGAGACGGAAGAGCUCCCAAGAUGUGACAUGCUAGCGGCUCUCAGCUCCC